AUGUUGAACGGGACAGCAGACCGUGUGUCGCUUCAGUCGUCGCCAGUUAAAGUGUCUACUUCCCCAAUCAGGGCUUCACCUAGUCCCGUAAGGGCCUCACCAAGUCCUGUUCGAGCACCUACAUCGCCUUUGAAAUCUGCGCUAUCGACUACGGGUCGUCAGCGUUCGCCGCGACGUUGCCAGUUCGCUGCCCCUACAGAAGAUGCACGGGACAAGUGCGGAACUUCGUGGCUGUGUCGACGAGGAGCUGGUACUGAGGAACCGGAGUUGGAGCGGGCAUCAACGCCGGGACCGAGCGCAUCGCUGCCACAAGGAUGUGAGGAGACCGCACCGCCGCCGAAGAACUGCUUUAGACUUGUUAUGUUAGGGUCAGCGCGUGUAGGCAAGACUUCUCUCGUAUCCCGGUUUCUUGGCACCAAGUUCGAGGACAGCUACACGCCCACCAUUGAAGACUUCCACCGUAAGCUGUACCGGAUCAGAGGAGAGGUGUACCAGCUGGAUCUUCUUGAUACUUCUGGAAAUCAUCCAUUCCCGGCUAUGAGAAGACUUUCCUUUUUGACUGGUGAUAUUUUCGUACUGGUGUUUGCGAUGGAUAGUAGAGAAUCUUUCGAAGAAGUGAUGAGGCUACGGGAACAGAUUCUGGAGACUAAGGCCAGCGCAUCUAGUGGGACCAGCAGAGGGCGGCGACAAGCCCCUCGGGUGCCCAUGGCCAUCGCAGGGAAUAAAUGCGAUAGAGAACUCAAGACUGUACAACCAGAAGAAGCACAAGCUUACUGCGCUAGCCAGGAUGGUUCGUGUGUCUUCGUCGAGACUUCGGCUAAGAAGAACUUUCACGUCGACGACCUUUUCUACGAAUUGUUCGUUGUCGCUAACUUGCCUUUAGAAAUGGCUCCUAAUCACCAUAAACGAGUGAGUACUGCAUUUGGAAGCCCAUGUACAUUGCCGCCUACAAGUAGCCAGAGCAGUAGAAGUAAGAAAUGUACUCUGUCAAUAAAAAGAAGGUUAUCUGACGCUUGUGGAGUGGUUGCUCCAAACGUCCGCCGGCCGAGCAUUCGUACAGACCUGAUGAUUAUGAGAGCUAAGACUUGUGCCAAAGGCGAUAAUGACAGCGCCACUAGUAGCCCUAAGAUAAACUUGAACAGACUCGUCAGGACAACUGCACCGACGGACAAGCGAACCUGUGUCAUUCAGUGAUAGUAACAAUCAAUACAUUAGGCUCAAAACAGUGCCGAAGAUGCUCAUUCCGGAUAGUGGAACAGAAGAAGGUGCUAUUGUAAAAUCGGAUGUUUGAUCGCCUCGUUAGCAAUUUAAAGAAUACCACAUCAUUAGUGAAUUAAGUACUUUGUAUUGUAAAUGAACCAAUUUAUACAAUUUGCAUUAUUCCAUGAAUUUUCUCCGAACCGACUCUAUUAUGCCAUUAUUGACGGUACACUUAAAUAAAUAAUGAAACUGACGUGGAGUUUUAAGUGUUAUGCGUACAAUUAAGCUGUUGUUAGAGAAUAAAAUUGUAAGUCGAUGGAAUGAUUGCCUUGUCGUUUUAAUGGAUUGAUGU